CCCGAGGUUAUAAAUGAGUUACAGACAUCAACAGGUGUUUGCUUUCCUUCUGUUGAUGAGAAAACAAGUAGUGUUCAGGUCCAAGAAAAGACUGUUACAUAUGAAGAAAUGCCAGCAAUUUGUGCAGAUGACACCUUUUCUGGAGUAACAUAUGAACCCAAAGAUGAAGCGCAUCUCAGUGAGGUACAAGUUUGUGAUGAGGGAGAAAAAGAAGAUGAAAUGAUGAAGACGGCUACAGCUGAGCUAAUGACAAGUAACCUAAAAGAAACUACAACACCUGAUGCUUCAAAUGAUACUCAAGAACCCUCACUCAACACAGUGGCAAGAGUGCCAAAGUUCAGUGAGACAACCGAGGUGGUAACAGCGUUAAUGAAAUGUGACCAAUCUGAGAUGGAAGAAGGCGAGUGCGUGGGUGUGAUGAUGUGUGAGCAAUCAGGACUAUCUGGGGACGGUCUUGAAAAUCAAGCACAGCUGGACCACGUGGACACAAAAUCAGAACAGACAAAUGUUGACACGGUGUUUGAAGUAGGGGUAACAGAAGCGACAAAAGGCUCAGAUGAUCAUCAUGAAAUGGAAAAUACCAAAGAAGAAGGAAUUACAGAGGAAAGUCUAGAGAAUUUCCCAGAGGCGUUACCUGAAUGUACAGUUGUUCAAUCUGUUCACAUGCAACAAGAAGUUUUAAAGCUGACAAAUGUUCAAACAGAAGCAACUGAGCUGAUUUUCCAUAAAUUAAGUGAAGAGAAUCAAAAAAUGAUGCAAGAUAGCUCUGAGAUCAUUCCUGAUCCACAAGCUGAAGAGCCUGAAGUGACCAAAGCUGAAAUCUCACUCAAAUGCAACGCCUCUCAGGAUCACAACUACACCAGAGAUAUUCAAGGAAAUUUAAAUGCAUUUAUUAGUCAUCACAUAAAAUCUUCAGUCACAACCAAAGCAGCGACAUGCUCAGAAAGUUUAUCUGCAAACAUCAUGGAAGCACAAAGUCCACAAAAGGACCAAAUCUAUGGCAGUGAACCAAGUCAUAGUGCAUCAGUGGUUCCUCAAAACUCUGCACUGGUGUCAUCAACAGGUAAUGAGAAGUUCCGCUCCAGCCUUUCUUUGGAACUCACCACCGAUACACAGUUUGGACAGCUGAAAGCAGAAACUGUGAAACAAACAGAUACGUGUCAAGUUCUAGUUCAGACAGUAGAACACAUGAAGCAAACAAAUGCACCUGAGGAAGCCGAGAGUCAAAAACCGACAGAAAUAAGCAGUGUUGCUGUUCAGGAAACAGAAACCUCAGAAGCGACAGCAAAUCUUGAUUCAACAGAACCCACUGUGAUCAAAAAUCAGUUAUCGGUGAAGGACGUCGUCGUUCAUGUGAAGGAACUCAUGCAAGAAGUACAACAAACAAAAUCAGUAGAAAGAGUAAUUCCAGUACAACCAGAGACAACAAAGAUCCAGGAAACAGAAGCUGUCCAAGAAACAGAAGCUGCAGAAUCAGCACCUCAAUCAGAGGAAGCUUAUGAGUUGGAUGUGUGGCUGGAUGCUGAGGAAGACACAGACGCUCGUGAGCCAACAGACGUGUCCCUUCUUUUAAAACAUGACACACAGGUUUUCCGUGCAGAAAUGGCAAUAGUGGAACCUGAGUUUGAAAUGGCUCCAGAGUGUCAUACAGCGGAAGGUACUGAGCCAGAAAUGGAAAAAACAGGAGGAAGAGGCGACUGUGAGGGUGAAGGUGAAGAUUUAACUGCUGCAUGUGAGCAUCCGGAAACUACAACUGAGAGCAUCACUACGGCAGAAUGUGACUAAAACCAAUCCACGUCACUGUUGCUACCUGGAUGGACAACCAAAAAGGAAGCCAUGCAAGAUGAUUCCAAAAGGCUACUGUCAAGAAGAUGAACUACAGUAGAAGAAAACUACAGAAAGGCAUCACAGAAAGGCAUCUUCUUG